AGAAAUUUCCACCGGGAUAUAAAUAUUAGAUUAAAAAUUCUGCUCUUUUGCAAUUCCCUCAAAUUUCUAGAGAAGAACAAAAAUUUACUACGUAAAUCGAAAUCUCAGAUUUGCUAAAAUAGAAAGAAAACCUCGUUUCAAUCAACACUUGGAUUUUGUUCAAAACCCUAUCCCCCAAUCACAAACCCUAGUUUUAUUCUCUUCAGAAUUGGUUCAUUUUUUAAUCCAAUUUUUAUUUUUUUAGACAAUCACUCUGAUCUGGGAGUUUCUAGAUUCGAAUUUCUGCUUAUACACUAAAUUGUCACUUGUUUUUUGAAAAUAGAUUGUUUGUAUUGUGCUCUCUUCAUAGCCUACUUCUGUUUUCUGUUUCUGGGUAAAUUGAGUACAUUUGACUGCAAAGAGCUUUAAUUUCAGUGAAAACUAAGGGUGCCCCAGUAGUUUGGGGCUAGUUUGGGAAACUGGGCCUGAACUGUUUGGCUCUUUUGACCAAUUUUUUUGGGGCGGUGAUUUUAGAUAGUUUAUUCAAUAAUCGAGUGUUUGGCCAAUUUGGUGAAACUGGCCAGUCAUCAUUUUCUCUUUUAAUCCAUUAUUACUUGGUGGAUUCAUAAUAUGGUUUGAUAGUAAUAUUGAAAGAACCAGUGCGAUUUUUGUUUUUUAUCGUGAGAAGGAAUGAGAUGAGAGGACUGUUGUUUAGUGUGAGGUUUAAGGAGAGACGAUGACUGGAGGGUCAUUGGGGAUUCGCUCUGGAAGUUAUGGAUCAUUGGAGAAGCAUUUUCAACAUCAGCAGAACGGUGGUGCUGUUCACUUGCCUAUCUUAACGGCAAGCCGGACUAAACCUGCCAAGAUGCUCAAGGACAAGGAAAGACUAUUUCAUUGGAUCUGCAAGUUCGCAGGCCGCAAAAAGGUUGGAAUGCUGUUCCUCUGUAUCAUCUCCGCUGCCGUUUUCGUAUGGGUUCUGUAUGUAGGAAAAGGUGAAGAUUCGCAGGAAAGUGUUCAUGUCCCAAACUUUGGCUUUAAUAGCACUGUGCCCUUUAGCAUUCCAGAGAUUGAGGCUCAUGUAUUUGAGAAGUUGGCUUUGCCUCUUCCUCCUCCCAAAUAUUUUACAGGCUACACUCUACCUCCAGAGCAUCCAUGUAAUAGCUUCACUUUACCUCCUCCACCAGCUGAUAGAAAAAGAACUGGUCCACGACCAUGUCCUGUAUGUUACCUUCCUGUGGAAGAAGCAAUUGCUUUGAUGCCAAAGUUCCCCUCAUUUUCUCCUGUAGUUAAUAACCUUACAUAUAUCUAUGAGGAUCCACUAAGUAGAGAUGGAGAAUUUGGAGGCUCAGAAUUUGGUGGCUAUCCUACUCUAAAGCAGAGAAGCGACUCUUACAAUAUUAGAGAGUCUAUGAGUGUGCAUUGUGGAUUUGUCAGAGGGAAAAAACCUGGUCGCAACACAGGAUUUGACAUGGAUGAAAUUGACCUGGCUGCAAUGGAGCAGUGCUAUGGGGUGGUGGUUGCUUCAGCAAUAUUUGGAGCCUUUGAUGACAUCCAGCAGCCAAGUAAUCUUAGUGAGUACUCCAAGAAGACUAUUUGCUUCUUUAUGUUUGUUGAUGAAGAAACAGAAGCAUAUUUGAAGAAGAAUAGUGGUCUAGACAGCAGCAGGAAGAUUGGGAUUUGGAGAAUUGUUGUUGUUCAUAAUCUUCCUUACAAAGAUGGAAGACGCAAUGGAAAGGUACCGAAGCUUCUAGCACAUAGGAUGUUUCCAAAUGCCCGCUUUUCUUUAUGGAUGGAUGGAAAACUUGAGCUUGUUGUUGAUCCAUACCAAAUUCUCGAGAGGCAAUUGUGGAGAAAAAAUGCUUCUUUUGCAAUUUCUAGACAUUACAAGCGUUUUGAUGUGUUUCUCGAAGCUGAGGCAAAUAAAGCAGCUGGGAAGUAUGAUAAUGCCUCCAUUGACUUUCAGAUUGAUUUUUAUAAAAAGGAGGGUUUGACUCCAUAUUCUGUGGCCAAGCUUCCUAUUACAAGUGAUGUUCCUGAAGGAUGUGUUAUAAUAAGGGAGCACACACCUAUUAGCAACCUCUUUACUUGUCUUUGGUUCAAUGAAGUUGACAGGUUUACUUCAAGGGACCAAAUAAGCUUUUCCACAGUAAGAGAUAAGAUUCAGACAAAAACAAAUUGGACUAUAAACAUGUUCAUGGACUGUGAAAGGCGCAACUUUGUGGUUCAGAAGUACCAUAGAGAUGUGUUAGAGCACAUGGCUCCUCCUCCUCCUUGGGCUCUAUAUCCACCACCACCUCCCCCGGUUUUGGGGUAUGAACCACCAAUUAAAGCAGCAGUCGGAACUUCUGCUGAAAAGGUUGCGAGUAUUUCUGUUCGGAGGGCAAGGCGAGGGAGGAAGUCAAACUCUGGGCGUCAUCGCAAAGUUGUUGCUGGUGGGAGGGACGUCGAUUCAAGUUGAAGUUUUGUUCAAGGAAGUUUUUUUUUUUUUUUCCUUUUUCCUCUUAACAAUCAUUCAUUGCCGGGAUGGAAGAUUUGUGCAGGAUGAGUGUUGUAAUUCUGAUACCACAGAGAACACUGUCUCUCAUUACUUUUUGUUUUCCUAGGUUUCAAUUCUCCUUUUCUAUUCAUUUUUUGUUGUAUAUAUUAUAUAUUACAAAUUUCCAAUAAUUAUGACAUGGGUUGCUACCAAAAUCCUGAAAUGUAGCAACCCAUUUUGUUGUUCAUUAUUACGAGGUUGUAUCGAAACACAGUUAUUUAGCAGC